CUCAUAGAUGCGUUGCCAGUUCUCGCUGCUUUUCCGGCCAUAUUGCUUCUGGCAGAUCUUGCCUACGUGCCGCAUUCGUAUGAGUCAGUAUCGUCCUAUGUGUUUGCCUUACUAGUUCUGUCAUUGCUAGCAUGUUCUUCGUUGCUAAUGUUGAGUUUGCUUGUAAAAUUCAAUGUAGUGGCCCUAAAAAGAGAAAUAUCUACUUCGGGUUCGUCUCAGGGACUUCAGUCAGCAAUUCUUUUGGCGGUGGGCAUCUCUUUCUCGUAUCUUGCUACCAAUUUCUUGCCCAUCUCGCGUGUUUCUGUGCUCUAUCUAGGCUUGUAUUUGCACAGGUUCAACUUUUGCACACCCAUUUUCUUCUUUGUCGACAUCUACAAGGCCUACACUACCCAUAGCUAUGUUUCCAUAUUCAAUAUCUGCUUGGGCUAUGUGUUGGUGCUGGUAUCGUUUCAGAUCUUGUUCAAGAAGUUCGUAGCCAGCUCGGUGUCCAACACUGUGAGAAACAUUAGAAUGAACAUCUUUCUACCUGUCACCAUUGCACUUGGGUUAUGUCUUCUUUUUGCAGACGCGUCUACGAUUAGUCCCAGUAUAAUUGGAGUCAAUAUCGCUGCCAGUGUAGUGUUCAUCAUCUCGUUGCAAGAGAUUGAUCUCAAGAGCUCCAAAUUCAUACCGUCGAUCUUAUCGAGCAUAGCUUGUGCCCUCGAAUUCGUAGUGGCUUCCAAGUCUCUUUCCAUAGACUCGCUCAUUACAAUCUUUCUUCCAUUUAUCAUAGUUCCAGAUAGAAGUUACGACAUUGCUAACGCGUACACGAUGAUGAGCAGGUCAACGUCGGCUACUGAAAAUAUGACUCCCAUCUUGACUGAGUUGCUUAGCCACUCAGACACAAGGGCCAUUUUCAACUUUCUUCUCUUGAACGCUACUUUCAUGUUUGUGCAACUCUUGCACUCGUUCAGAUCAAAGUCUUUAGGUUUGCUCUCAGAUUCGUUGCAUAUGGCUCUCGAUUGUAUGUCGCUUGCACUUGGUUUGAUUGCCGGUGCACUUUCGAAAAAAGAGAUCAAUCCCCACGGAAAGUACCCCUUUGGCUUGAAGAACUUUGAGAUCUUGGCUGGGUUCACUAACGGUACAUUGUUGAUAGGAAUCAGUGGAGGUAUCAUUUUUGAGGCCAUUGGACGUUUGGUUAAUCCUGUUGUUCUUGAGAAAACGACAGAGUUAAUCAUAGUCUCUCUUUUAGGGCUAGGGGUCAAUCUUGUAGGUAUAUUUGCCUUCAACCAUGGACAUGCCCAUGGACAUUCACAUGGACACUCGCACUCUCAUGGGCAUAAUCACGAACACGAGUCUGGUCAUUCUCACAACCAUGAGCAUAGCCAUGGUGAAGAGCACGAAGAUUGUAAAGAAGAAGGUGGUAUGAACGACAACAUGAAGGGCAUUUUCCUUCACAUUUUGGCAGACACUUUAGGCUCAGUUGGAGUUGUAGUUUCUACGAUUUUGACCAAGUAUGUAAAAUGGAACGGAUUUGACCCCAUAGCGUCGAUGAUUAUAGCUACAUUGAUUUUGUUAUCUGCUAUUCCAUUGAUCCAGUCUACAGCCUCCUCGUUACUAUUGAGGUUAACAAAAAAGAAAGAGACAAAAGUUCGCAAUGCCUUGAACGACAUCACCAAUAUCAAGGGCAUCAAGUCAUUUACAACGCCGCGGUUCUGGCCCAACUCCAGCAACACCAUCAACGGCUACAUCCAUAUACAAGUCUACCGUGGAGAGAAUGCUUCCUAUAUUAAGAGACAAUGCGAACGGGUCUUCGAGACAGAAAAAAUCGAUGUCAUGAUCCAGGUCGAAAACGACUACGAUUCGUGUUGGUGUCGCUCAGGUAGCGAGAUUACAGCACAGUCGAACUGGUCAUGA